GGUUGGUCAAUACUGUCAACGCCAAAAUGAAACGCGUAAAAAACUUUUCUGUCGGACUCAUAACUCGAAACACAUGGCCGUGAGAAAACAAAGCGCUGAGAAAAGCCAUUCUUCUCCGGGCUGUUAUGGUUGUUGGGACGCGGCAUUGUUCGCGUAGCAGAGGAGCCUCUCUCUUUUUUUUUUUUUUUUUUUUGUCUCUUUCUUUCUUGGGGUCGCACAGCGAGAGCCAGCGGGCUGUAUCGCUUUAGCCGAUUUGCUAGCUAACGUCAAGUUGUAAGAAAGUGGAGAAGACGGCGGCCAAACGGGAGCUUAUCCGCCUACACAGACGUAUGCGACGGAUAGCAGGUGAGUGAUGGAGACAAGAGAGUUGACCGUGGUGGCUGGCAGCUUCGUGGGUUUCCAGCUUCUCUUCUCAGUGGUCAGCCCGCGGCUCUCCUUCACCAUCACACCAGGUUACGGACGGCUGCCUUCCACCAAGCUCACUGAGUGGAACUCCAGGUUGGUGUCGACUGUGCACGCCCUGAUUGUGGGGUUGUUCUGUCUGUACAUCCUGUGGUUCGAUGAUGCAGUCAACGCCAACCCUGUCUGGGGUGAGCCUGGUCUCGUCAAGCUAAAUGUAGCCAUAACCUGUGGUUACCUCCUUUAUGACCUUGUGCUGCUUGCAUGUAACUGGAGCACUAUGGGAGACAGCUUUUUUGUCUGUCACCACUUGGCGGCGCUCUAUGCAUAUGGAUAUGUGCUGACACGUGGCGUGCUUCCCUACUUUGCCAACUUUCGUCUCAUUUCAGAGUUGUCCACACCGUUUGUGAACCAAAGGUGGUUCUUCGAGGCAUUAAAGUACCCCCGCUCACACCAGAUGGUGGUGUUAAACGGCAUUGCCAUGGCAGUGGUGUUCUUCCUGGUGCGCAUUGCCGUCAUGCCAUCUUACUGGGUCAGUGUAUUCGCCACCUUCGGCACUCCAGAAUAUGAGCGGCUGGGCUUGGGCGCCCAGGUGGCCUGGAUCACCUCCUGCAUCGCUCUGGAUAUCUUGAAUACUAUCUGGAUGUAUAAGAUCGCCCGCGGCUGCUACAAGGUCAUGACCGGAAGAGGGGCACGAAAGGUCAAGGAAGAAGCAGAGGCAUCGUCUUCUUCAGACAAGAAACACGUCAACAACCACACAGACUAAAGAGAUGUAGAGCAAAGCUUAAAUAGGCACAGACCUAAGCAGGGAGGGAGGCUGGACAUCCAGGAACCUCACAGCCUCUCUAUUGCCAUAGAGCGUCCCUCCCUCCCCAAAAUCUAUAAUCUCAGCCGUUGUUCCCCUUGGCGACUAGUGGACCUUGCUAAGAGUCCUCAGGUUGUGACCCUGACCCAGGACAAGGACACUGUUCUUUGACAAACUCAAGCACCAGUCGAUGCAGCCUCUGUGUUUUUCACUGACACAUUAGUACCCUGCUGGGUGACGAAAAGGUAGAGCUCACAAGCACACUUAACUCCGUCAGUCACUCGCCUCGUUCGUCCCGCCCACCAUUCCUCUCUCAUCUCCCUUCAGUCUCCUCUCAUGCUCAACUUCAGCCAAAGCCCUAUCCUCUGAAGUGCCUGUGAAAGACAGGAUAGCAAUAAUUGUGGAGGAAUAAGAUCACAAAGUCUAACAGAGCUUAGCCCCUUCAGAAGACAACCAUCUCUCGCUCACUAUUGCUCCUGAACAACUAGAAGCUUCUUCUGUCGUUCAUACUCCGUCCACACUUGAGGUUACGUGGCCCACAGAGUGAAGAACUCUCACAUCAGAUCCAUACAGUGUUUGUGAACCUAUAGGGCUCUUGUCUUAAACUCAUCAGACCUCACAAAAAGAGACAGAAAAACACCACAAUGCCUCUUCUACAGUAUCACCUGCUGUGGCCUCCUUGUAACAAGUGGCACCUGCCUAUAUCACCAGCCAUGCCCCUUCAACGUCCCUACAAUUUGGAUUAUAUAUUAAAAACUAAGAAUAUGCAUGCAGAACAGAGAAGGACGACACCCUCCAACAUCUUUGCUUCUCACAGGACGAUUUUGCCUUUUCAGUAUUCAUUGAGUUCAUUACUGUACUGUACUUUCUCUCUUAAUUUAACUUGUUUUACACCCUUUGAAGUCCUUAGCAGUCAGAGUAAGGUGUCUCAUUCAAAUGACAUCCAUUGCAACCCUCUGCCUCACUGGAUAGGACUCCACUAUCCAGCUUGCACGUUUGGUUUUGUUCUACCUCUCCCCCUCCCCUGCCUUACAAAGCUUUCGCCAGUCUCUUUGACAUGAGUUUUACACCUUCUUUUCCAUUGUAAAGCGUUUUUAGCCUUUAAAACAUACCUGUUGUGAUACCUGAUUCAGAGGGAUGACUUCUUUCUCUCUCUCUCCCUCUCUCUCUCCUAACCUGUUGUCAGAGCUCAUCCCAGCCAAUGCAGUGAAACAGAGCGGCAUCACUUUUCUCACCAAACUGUGUUCAGGCAGUGUAUCUUUCUAGAAAAAGGCCUCCGGAGGCUUUUUAUACUUCCAUUUAUCUCCUUUGUUCUCAUUGGCUCUGAGAACCUAAUUGGGGAAGGGAGCGUUUUGCGCUCAGCACAGCUUGUAAACUAUAUAUACUAUUAUGGUGCCCUUCUAAAACACCGACAUGGUGCUCUUCCUUUUGCAGAAUGUCAGCAACAGGAAUGCUAGCGAAGUGACAUAUCUAAUUAAUUUGGAUGUAUCAGUCUGUGACAACAAUAGGCUGUCGCUGUCGAUAGCAAUGUGGCAAUCUGCAUGUGUUUUUGUUUCUAUAUAAACUGUAUCAUCACUACAGAGCAUGGUAAAAUUGACAUAUUUCUGUGAUGCCUUAGUGAAUAGUAAAGAUAGAUGAGUAACAUCUAAAUAUUAAUUGCAUUAAUCAAAUGCUUAAAAAGGAGUUUGUUUGGAGUUAAUGUUUUGAUCUCAGAGCAAACAGAAUGCAUGUGUUUUUGAUUCCUUUCUCCUCUCGCUGCAUGUCUUUACAAUAUCUACACAUACAGUAGCUAUGCAGGUACUGUAUGGCAAACUCAGUAAUCACAAUCACUGUAUGCCACUCUGCAUUUUCUUGGUUUUACAAAUUCAUGAAUUCUUCUCGUUGUACAGUCUGCUGUCAGCAGACGCUAAUAACUACCUAGCUGGUAUCAUGACAGACAGAGAUCCAAGAGGAUGUUUCAGAUUUGGCUUUUGUCACACAAGUAGAAAUUUACAAAGGACAAGCUUGCAUGUUUACUCCUGUUUCCUUAUCACUUAAGAGUACUCCACCGAUUUGGCAUUAAAAGUACACUCCUUUAACAUUGUCAAACUGAAAAUGGACAGGUUUUUUGUUUGUUUUUUUGUUAAGGGUCAAAAUUGAUGCAGCAGAACCAGAAAUUUUAGCCAGGUUUCCAUCCAAAUGUAGUGCAAAUUUUAACCAAAUGUCAUAGAAAUCUGAAAGACAUUGUUUGUUUCCAACAUAUCCGCAUACUACUGUUAUGUGAAUAUUAGAAGACGGUGCACUCAAACAGCUGGUUAAACUAAUCCUCCAGUUGGGUGUCAUCAAACCGUUGCAGAAGUGUUCAGGUCAGGUUUUUAUCAUGCACAAAUUGAAAAUAUGCAUAAAAACAGGUGGGUGGAAACGCAGUUAUUGCCUUUUUUAUUCCACGCAUUCUUUUUCCCAUUCAAAACCUGGGGCCUACAUUACCCACGAUACAAUGCAACGCAAGCGCCGACAAUUUGGCCGGAGAUUCCAGUGUGUUAUGCUAGAAUAAGCUGAUGUAGCUGCGAGCCUCAAGCAGAGAUGAGGAGCUCCAGAGGUCUGGUAAGCUCACUUCUUUCUAACUCCACACCCCCAGAUUUUGUUCAUUUUCAAACUUGUAGUCUUCAGCACCAACUGAUGCUGUUGGGAGCUUAUCAGAUUUCGCACAGCUCCCUCUUGAGCCAGAGAAGACUUCAUUCAACUUUUUUGCACGUAUGCAGCAGAUGUGUAAAAUCGGUGGAGUUUCCCUUUAAGUCUUUGUAUCUCAAGUUGGAUAGAUAGUUAUAGUAGUCUUAGGCUGUCUGGUGGUGUUUUCACUGUGGAACUAUAAGCACACUCCCUGUGGAGCAAUAACUCAGUGAUCUCCUGUAUUUCUGUCUGUCACCACAGAGGAGGGGCUACAGUAUCUUGUGCCUUUACACAAAUGGUGGAUGUGAUGCAGCCAGAUUUGGAUUAGCAUGAGCUUUCUAAUGUAAUAUCCAGUCAUUAUCUCCUCUGUAUUCCAUAUGUAUACUCUGUAUAUAUUUUUAUAAUCUGCCUGCACAAUGAUUAAUCCGGCCAAGUAUUAUAAUCCAAAGCUGAUGCCUCUCGGGGAGCCUGUUUUGUGAUUUGAUCUGAUUUGAUUGUGCUCUGCUGAAAACAGGGGUACGUCUCUCUGAAUGUUGUGAUGGGUUAUUUAGUGGCAUUAAGAUGAGCUCACAGUGUCCAAGGUGAUGAGAAUGGAAAUCAAACUAUAUUUUUGAAGCUCUUUAAGAUAUACAGGUAGUUGAUGGGAAGGCUAACAUCACCGGCCUCCUAAACUCAAUGCUGUGAAUAGUUAAUAUGAAUAAAACUAUAAUAUCGUUCUGUCACACUAUAAUAAGUAGACUACAGUGUGGGAGAUUUCCUGAGCAGAAACGCUGAUACACUUCUUCUUGUAGCAGCUUCCUGUGGUGUAGGUUUUGUUUAGACUGAGUGCACAAAGUAAAAUCUACAUACAUGUGAAUUACAAUACGUUUUCUGGUUGUCAAUGAACUGGACGGAUAGAGUUUUUGUAUUUGUCCGGGUUUUCUACAGAAUAUAUUUCAAGACCUGAUUUGUGUGCUGUAUCUCACUCCCUGGGGCUGUUGGAAAACCGAAUUGAUGAAUUAAUGAUUUGAUAAGGCUGAAUUGUUUCAGGUUGGAACAACCACAUUGCCUUUGUUUCUUUGGGGAGGAAACAAUUAUUCAUUAUAUUAUAUAAUGAAUAUAUUUAAAAAGAAAAAAAAAGAAAAAUCUGUCAAAGGUAUAUACAACUCUAUAUAUAUAUAUAUUUGUGAUCAAUUAUUGAAACCAGAUGCACACUACAAAUUAAACCUCUGUUUAGGUCAUAUUUUGCAUUACAUUUGGAUGACAGGAUGUCUUCUGCCUGAGGUACAGUAUAACAAAGCUGCAUCAGAAUCUGGUACUUCAACAGUGUAUUCUGCUGGUCUUCUCAAGGUUACAUGUGGUACUUUGGGCAACAGUUAUUUUGGCCCAUUUUUGUUCUGAAAUACUUGAUCCUAGGUGUACAAUGAAAUAGGCUGGACUCAAUUUCAGCGCCACAAGGAUGACAACAUUUGUACAGUGGUAAAGAAUGACUGGAAAAUGUGCAGACAAACUGAUAAUCAAAUAACUUGUCAACUUUCUUCUUUUGAAUGACUUGCCAGUGUGGCUUAUGGUCCUUCCCCUUUUUUUUUGUCUCUCCUUAUUUUGUCUUUUAAUGCAAUGCAAUUUCUUGUUUAUGAUCUGUCUUUGUUUUCUGGAGAUUUUAAUGUGAAACAGCCUACACUACACACAGGCCUUAGGGUCCUUGUCUUAGCAUUACCUUGUGACUUGGAUUGUUGUCCUCUACAAUGACCACUACUAAUGAUCAUGUAACUGUAGUGCUGAAAGCUGAGACUUACUUGAAAGUGUUGCUCUUCAAUAAAGUUGAAGACAAGAAUCUA